GAUGUCUCUUUCUUCAAAGUGGAGAGUCAGGCAACUGGGGACUGGAGCAACUCAGUCUUGCUCCAGUGGCUUGGCCAGUGACUGAUUCCCGUUUCCCCUAAGGAUGCCUCUCAUUAGCAUGAACAGGGGGAAGGGCCAGAGAAAGAGAGAGAGAGAGAGACUGACUCAUUUUUAGUGUGGAAACAAGUUUCCUUCGCAAUGGUAUCUAGAGCUGUCUGGCUCCUGUGCUUCACCGUGGGCUCCUCCUUCAGCUUGGGGGAAGAGCCUCUGUAUAUUGGAAAGUCCACUCAGUCAUUCAGUAAAGAUAGUUAUGGUCCAGUGGGAUUCACCUCUAAACAGAGCAAGUCUCCUUUUAAAGGCAACAGCAUUGUGGGAGAUGAUCAUGCCAAGGACCAGCCACAGCCUCCACGUGUUCUGCAGAGGGUGAAAGCAGGUGACCUCCAUCUGGUGUUCUUGGGCAAAAGGAAAAAGGUAAACAAUGCGGUAGAAAGCCACAUGGAUUUGAGGAAGCAGCCUCUUCACCCCAUCAAGGGCCUUUCUUCAGAGAACCACGAGGAGGGGACUCUUCCUGCUGCUUACUUCAGUCAGACCAACCGAAUACAUACAAACAGGCUCCAGAUGGAAGCCACUAACAGCAUCUCUUCUUAUUUCUACCAACCUGUACAUUCCCAUCAUAGAGGCAGGCUGCUGGCUGAAGCCUACACUUUCAAAAACACAGGGUCAGACACUGGCCAGUACCCUGGCAGCCUGUAUCACCUCAGUCAACCUGGCAAGGUAAAUCUCCACUACAAACCCAACAAUUCCCUCAGAAAUACCACCCUACCCUCCUGGAUCACAAACCGGCGGACAUCAAGCUGGCUGCAUCCCUUCAGUGCGUUAAAGGAAGAUGAAGCUGACAAUACAGAGAUGUGUCUGACUAAUUGCAGGAUGGACCAUGAGGAGGUGGAGGCCUACUGUUCCAGUGAAUUUGUGGUGAAUGGGAUUGUUCAUGAUGUCAACGUGGUGCAGAAAGGGAUGCGCUUGGUGGUGAUGUUGGUAAACACCAAUGGACUGUACAAAGUUAAUCGUCUGUUCAUCAACCCUGAUGGCUUCUUCUUUCGCGUUCACAUACUAGUUGUGGAUGCCUUAUAUUGCAGCAGACCCUGUCCCGACUUCAAACUUGGCAACAGAUACAUCGUGAUGGGUAAAAUCUACCAUAGAAGACAGCAGUUAUCAAGAGCUCUGCAGGAGCAUCUAAGAGGGCAUCUGAGACCUGGAGAUGGGCUGCUUUGGAGUGGGAGUAGCUAUGUGAAAAGAUUUAACAAAAGGCGGGAUCAGAAAGUUCAAGCAGCAGCUCACCAAACCUGCAGAUGAGGAUGCAGUGCAGCUACAGACCAAGCAGCUUGGGGGCUGUUCCGUCAGGGAAAAAAUGGCCCCUUUCAUCACAGUUUGAUAUACCUUCUCUAUAAAAAUAGUCUUCCAGUCCUGCUUAAAGGCAAAAAGUAAAAGGGUACAGAGGCACUUGUUUUCUUUGAUUUGAACUGCUUAAAUUUGAUGCCCACAGAAAUGCUGCAAUAAACUAAUUUGUAUUUCAAGGCAUACAGCUUUUAUGCAGGAAUUUCUUACUCUUAAUGUAAACAUUGAUGGGCAUCUACUCUUGCUAUUAUAGCAAUAUUUCUUUUAACCAUAUUACUUCUGGGGGAUGAGCAUUUAAUCAAAAGCUGAAUCUCUUAGCUUUUUGGCAUGUUCUUGCAGAGUAAAAUCAACAUGUUAUAGACAGUUCUUGCUGAACUCCUAGCCGAAUAUUGACAUGAUGAAAUGUUAUAUUAUAUACCUCCUAAUAAGCACAUACGUAUUUGUUUUUUAUGUAGGGAUACUAAGAGAUCAUACUGUGCAUCUCUGCAAUUACAUUAUUGAAUAGAUCCGUUCCUACUUCUUAAAACUGAAACUGAGACAUCCAAUUUAAUAGGCUUCAGAACAAGACUCUUCUAAUAUGUUAAGUCUGAAAGCAACUAUGAUUUGUCAUUCUGUAAAAUAAUCAAACCUUUAUAAUUAAUGCAAGACAACAAAUUUAGAUGGUGUUUAAGAGGUUCAAAUUCUGCUAAAUGCUGCAGUAAAACUAAAAAGGCAAGUGUCCAUGUUUACCAAACAUACUAUAUUAAUUUUUAGAGUUCACGGUCUACAUUAAUUUAUAUGGAUGUUGCUUCUUUAGAACUGCAAGCAUUUGCAACUGGGGGGGAAAACAUUUCUUUUCCUUUUUGCUUAUUCAGAGGAAUCACUCUGACUUGGUGUUUCAGCUUUUGACCACACAAUAAACUUGCAUAUUCCGAGUUA